AUGGCAUUCGUCCCUGAUUUGGACACACUGGAGAGCGGCAGCCUGAAUGAGGAGACACUGUAUGGCCCCAACUGUCUCUGCCUGCAGAAGAAGCCCCGACUGGACCUGGAGGUGACAUCACCUGAGGUGGGCAUCCAGGUGACAGUGACAAAAGGACACCUUUCCAGGACCUUCCGCCAGGCUGCCAUCCUGGUGGUUGCUGUGACCAAGCUCCUAAAGCAGCCGUCGCACAAGGACUUCGCUGAUAGUGACCUGGGCAGCUUCUUGGAUGAUAUUUUUGAGCCCAUCUCCUUCCAGUGCAUCAAGGGCAGUUAUACCAGGCCACCCGUUUUCCGCUACACUCGUUCCCAGUCCUUUGACAUCCUGGACAUUGACCACAAGUGCUUCGUACUGGAGUCACCCACCCAGCUGGUGGCCCUGCACCUGCAGGGACCCUCUGCAGGACAGAAAGUGAAGCUCAACAUUGCUCUGUACCGUCCCCGGUCAUCACAAGGCAGUCCAGGGUCUGGAAGGGCGCCGGUGGCAUUGGGUAUCAAGGGCUACCAACUCUAUAUGUCAUGUGUGAUGAGUGGCACCAAGCCCAUGCUGCAGCUGGAGGAAGCUGACAUCAGGAGGGAUAUUGAGAGUGUGGAGCUGACCCGAUUCAUCUUCUACCGCCUGGACAGCCCAGCUGAGGGGACCACCCGCUUUGAGUCGGCCGCCUUCCCCGGCUGGUUCAUUUGCACUUCCCUGCAGCCCCGCCAGCCUGUAAGCAUCACGAACACCCCAGACCAGGUGAACAUUGCUACCUAUGAGCUGAGUAGGCGCUGA